AUGACUUCGGAUUCUGCAGAGGUCGCGGAGGAUUACCGCCUCGCGCUGGAGGACCUCUCCUCCAACAUGCGAUUCGAAAUCAGCAACUUGACUACUAUUGCUCGCGAGAAUACCGAACAUGCGCUGGCGAUUGCCGAGGUUUUACAGCAGCACAUCCUCAAGGCGCCCCCGAACAAGAAGUUGCCAGCUUUAUACGUGCUCGAUUCGAUCGUCAAGAAUGUCGGAACGCCCUAUACCCUCUACUUCGGUCGCAACCUCUUCAAAACAUUCAUGGAAUCAUAUGCGGUAGUCGAUCAACCUGUUCGCCGCAAGAUGGAGGAGAUGCUUCGGACGUGGAAGGAGCCGGUUCGUGGAUCCAUGGACAGCAGGCCUGUCUUCACACACGAGCUGGUGCGUCCGAUUGAGAAUGCGCUCAUGAAAGCACGAGCCGCAAGUAUGCCUCAGCCAGGAAUGAUGCCUGGUCGUCCACGAUCGGCAAUCCCCCAUCGUGAUACUCCUACGCCUCCUGGAAUGCGAGGGCAGCCCGGUUAUCCAGCUCAGCAAUACCCUUCGAACGGAGGGCAGCCCUUCCCAGGCCAACAGCCUCCUUAUUACCCCCCUCACUCAACACCUCAACCUAACAACUCUGCACCUGCACCUUUCCAACCUCCCUAUCCCGGGGCGUACGGGGUCGGUGGGACGCCCACCCCCGCUGGGAUAAGCAUAGAAACAUUGAGCAAUGACAUUCAGAACCUGAUUGUGGCGAUGCAGGCUGAAGCCUCGCGGAAUCCUCAAGAUGCUAGUGUUCAGACCAGACUAAGAGCGCUGCUGGACCUCCAGGGCAUUGUGAAGAGCACUAGCUUGCCUCCGGACCAGCUCGAGCUCAUUAAGAACAAAGUAACUGAACUUGCUGCCGUAAACAUGAUGGCGCCAUUGGCCCAGAAACCUACACCUACACCAACUCCUCCCGUACCCGUCCAGGCACGUCCAAUGCCUCCGGUGUCCGUAGCCCCUUCAUCAGCCCCCGCGGCUGCGGCACCGGGAGGUGUGACGCUCGACUCUCUGUUGGGCAAGGGUGCGUUGGCAGCCUUGAUGGCGAGACAGUCAGCAACGCCUCAGAACUCGACACCAACACCACAGCCUCCAGCGUAUGCCAAUGUGGCCAUCCGAUCACCACCUCCAGUUCACGCUGAGCUUCCAAAGCCGGCACCGGCACCGGCAGCCGGGGGUGCGAUGUCCCUCCUGGAGCAACUUCGACAAGCAGGUUUGCUUCCGCCAGCAUCUGCGCCGGCUGCUCCUGUUGCGCCGCCGCCAGCACCGAUUGUCCCCCCAAACAUCGCGAGCCUACUGGCCUCGACCAAGGCAGCUGGGAUGUUGGCAAACUUCAACGCUCCGCCUAGUGGUGGUAUCAAUGUGGCCGCUUUGAAGCAACCAUUCCACCCUUCUUUGGUUUCACGUCUCCACGAUGAUCUUGGACCUCCUUGCACGCAAUGUGGCCGACGAUUCCGAACUGAUGAGGAGGGCAAGAAGAAGAAGACUGCCCACAUGGACUGGCAUUUCCGUGUGCACCAACGAGCCAACGAAGCCGAGAAGCGAGGCAUGCACCGGAGUUGGUAUGUCGACCAACGUGACUGGCUGAAGUCGAGGGAAGCUGUCGACGUGGACCAUAUCCCUGGGCCAGACGAGGUGGCAGCGCAGGCUUCAAAGGCGUCAGAGGCCGCCAAGCCCAAGUACAUUGCUGUGCCAGAUCCGUCGCGUGGGAUCAACACCGUGUGCCCGAUCUGUCAGGAUCGGUUUGAGAACAAGUGGCUUGACACGGCGCAGGAGUGGGUGUGGCUGGACACGGUCUUGGUAGGCAACCGGGCAUAUCACGCCUCAUGUCAUGCAGAAGCAACAAGAGACCGUGAGAGCACACCUGGUCUGGGACGGACACCAGAGCCAGUGCUUGGAAAGCGCAAGGCGGAAACGAGUAUCGCAUCACCCAAGGUGCGGUCUCUGAAGACUUCAGCUUGA